AUGGCGGCCCCAGUCGUGAGUUUGCAGGCUCAUUGCAAAUUGUUGUUACAUGCAGCAAAAUAUCCGCACGCUCCUGUUAAUGGUGUUCUUUUAGCGGAGGAUAACAAGAACAAAGAAUCAAAAGUUGUCAAAUAUGUCGACAGCAUUCCACUGUUUCAUAUUUCACUUGGUCUGUCUCCGAUGUUAGAGAUGGCACUUCUGCAGAUUGAUGCAUACUGUAAAAGCAAAGGUCUAGUAAUAGGAGGCUAUUACCAAGCUAACGAGAAUUACAAUGAUAAUGAAUUGAACCAUGUGGCAAAAACGAUAGGACGCAAGAUCCAGGAGAAUUUUCAUGAUGCGUGUGUGUUGAUGAUUGACAAUCGGAGAGUGAGAGCAGAGUCCGUGAGUCAGGCUUACAGAAUAUUCACACUGAAGGAGAGCGGCUGGAAAGAGGCAGACAAAAAAAGCACAUCGGAAGAUGAUAUCAGUAAAGAAGAAUGUCUGUACACACUCCUCAAGUCAGGAAGUCAACGACAGCUCCGUGACUUUGACAAUCAUCUAGAUGACGUUGGCAAUGACUGGAGAAACCUGGAACUCAAUGACAUUAUAGGUCGAUGUACAUAA